GAGGAGUUGACCGAAGAACAUGAUAUAGAUAAGAGGUGCACAAAGAGAUUCGAUGACGAUGGUGGAAUAGUGACACAUCGGAAUUCCGAAUUUCCUAUGCCUCAACCUUUGAUGAGUCAUGACGUGCACAAGGUUUCCACGAUGAUAGUUGAUCCUUUCGUCGUUGUCAACUGGGAGGUGCCGAGGUCAUCUCGCCAUGUGGUCAUCCGAUCUCUGGACACGAGUGUCACCGAGCGAGCGUCAUUUGAUCACACGUCGAGGAAGAAAGAGAUCGGUGCCAGUCAAACCGGGUAG